UCAACAUCAAAUCAAAAUCCGUCAGCCAACCUGGAAAAAUGGCGAUGAUGUCGGGGUACAUCAAUGUGGAAAACUGGGUGGCAGACCAAGUCGCUGCCUGGCUUAGAGGCCUAGAUGAUGUAGUUUUGCCAUAUGUCCAUUUCUUCCUCAACAAUGGGAUCAAUGGAAAGAAGCUUUUAAUGCUUACUCAUCAAGAUUUGGAGGAUUUUGGAAUAACCAAGUUAGGCCAUCAAGAACUUAUCUUGGAAGCUGUUGAUCUUCUUCGUGCUUUGCAUUAUGGCUUUGAGACAGAGAAUCUGCAGUCAGUGACACUGCACCUUGGGUGUAAAGCCAAGAGCCUCCAUAACGAUCUACAAGCGACAGGUGUGGAAAAUGACAUGAAUAAUGGUAAUGUCAGUUACACUGGACAAUCCAAUCAUCAGAGGCUUCCUGUGUCAGUCCUGUCCUCUGUGGCUGAUAUCCUCACAGCACUGAAAGUUGUUGUCUCAUGGCUGGAUAGGGCUCCAUUUGAAAGCAUGUAUGAGAUGUGCUUGCAAAGGAACACGAUUGUGAAAAUUGGCAUAGAUCUGAUAGCUGUCACACAGAAGGAUCAUCCCAGACAGGAGGCAGAGGAUGCAAUCAUGAAAAGUUGCAGUAUUAUGUCUGAUAUCUGUGAUGAGAUUGUGAUCCAGUCCCGGGACCCUCUGGUCAUUCAACCCACUUCACUGGAGCUGGCCACCAUCAGAAAGAAGCCAGGAGAGGAACUGGGUAUGCACAUCCAGUCCUCUUAUUAUGGAAUACACGCUAUAGGAGGUGUCAAAGAUUUGUCUCCUGCAUUUCUGUGUGGUAAGAUAGAGAAAGGAGAUGAAGUCAUAGCUGUCAAUCACCAGAUUGUGGUUGGUUGGCAACUGAAAAAGUUAGUGAACACCCUAAAGGAAAAGCCAAAGGAAGUUGUUUUAUUACUGAAGAAACGUCCUCACCAUAUCAACCCGUUUGGAAAUGUGCCAAACAAGAAGAAAUUGACGCAGAAGCAGCAGGCGGCUACGUUACCCUCAAUCACUAAGCGGCGCUCCAGGGAGGGAGACAAGCAGCCACGCCCCUCCCUACAGGAGUUUGUCAGUGUUACCCCACCCGCAGAGGAAGUAGGCUUUUCCCCAAAUCCAGUGAGUAAGUCGUCUGUUAGGUGGAGCAGACGUGUCCAGAACAAACUGCCUUAUCCAGACAACAAUCGCUCAUCCAACAGUGUACACAUGCAAGAUGGUAACGACACUGACAAUGAGGUGUUCAGGAGUGGCUCAGAGUCGCCCAAGUUUAAACUAGAGAUAGAAGCUAAGCCUCGUCGUGCAACUGUCAGUGGAGGCUCCCCAACCCUGGAGAGACCAGCUCUUAUCAUUGAGGAUCUGGAUGCUGAGGGCCAUGAAGCUAGUGCAUUUAGCUCCCCUGAUAGUGCAGAGGAAGACUUGAGGCCAUCAGCAACCUACACACAUACACUUGAGGUGCCAGAAUCUCCACUACUGUCUGCCAGUCAGAGACGACAGGAAUAUUACAGCAGUAAAUCUGACUCUGAUGUGCUCAGCCCUGAACAGAAGAGGCAAGACUAUCGCCUAACCAGAACAGAGUCUCAAAAAUCUCACAAAAUAGAACGUCCUCUUCCAGUAGUGGCCACGCCUCCUACUCAACAGGUUCUGAGCACACCAACACCUGUCACUUUGUCUUCUGUUCUGGCCACACCCACACCUGUUCUGGCCACGCCCACACCUGUUCUGGCCACACCCACACCUGUACUGGCCACACCACAGCCUGUUUUUACAACGCAAGUAUCAUGCCAAACAGUGUCAUCACCUGUUCCAGCUUCACCUGCUCCUUCAGACGCCAUGCUCGCUUUAGAUAAAGCUCUGCCUCCGUCUGCUGUAAACCCGGUAUCCCCAACCCUCAUACCUUUGGCCACACCCACAAAUGCUGACAAACAUAAGUCAAGGGGAGAGCAAGAGGUGGCUGGAGCCCCAUCAAGAAAAAGUCAACCUAAGUUGAUGAAAAUAAGAAAACUAGACUCAAACAGACUGAUAGACAAGGCUGACAAAGAGUCCGAGGAAUCUGAGGAAAAUACAGACACAGAAAGGCUGGAGGCUGGAGACAUACCUCCGUUAACAAAGAAGGAUAGCACUUCCAGUUACACAGUCACCAUCGUCGGGGGUGUCAUACAGAAGAUGCCCACCCAGGCCGGGGUCGUGCAGGAGAAGACCGUCCAACCAGAGUCUCCGGUACCAGUCAUGAGGAGACAAAACCGACCUGCCAAGCGAAUGGAUCGGCGAGUGUCCUGUAAGGACCUUGGGAAGGGAGAUUGCGAAGGUUGGCUGUACAAAAGGAAAAAAAUGGGCAGUUUGUUAUCCAGCAAGUGGCACAAGCGCUGGUUUGUCUUGAAAAACUACAACCUGUACUACUACAAACAUCAAGAGGAUUUACGUGCAGAAGGUGUAAUUCAUUUACCAUCAUUUAAAGUGUCCCCUGAUGCUACUGAUAUCAAAGGCAUUAUAGGCAUGAGAAAAAUGCACGCUUUUAAGGUCUACAAUACCGGAACAGCAUUCUACUUUGCCUCUGACAGACAAGAAGAUAUGACCAAGUGGAUGAACAAGAUGGGUCUAGCAGCCAUUGUGUAUGCACCCAAAGAUUCUGUGGGAGGGUUUUACAGACCUGAUACUAGUACACCUGCAGCACCCAGGAGGCAGCACCCUAUUGCUGAAGAUGCAGACUACAGUGAGAGUGAUGAGGAGAGUGAGCGCGAAUCUAGCCCAGGUAAACUGUCUCCGUCCUCCAGCGUGCGCUCCCUGUCCAGUGGCUCCUCCUCUGUGGGUUCCCCUGCCUCUCACCCUGCUUCCCCGGAGAGAGUCCUACCCACCCACCUCGAUAGCUCCCCUGAGCUAACUCCUGCUGAAACUGCCUCCUCGCCAGUCAAAGGAGUUGCUGGUAGAGGCUAUAGAUAGGCUGUUAUCUGAGACACCGGUGACAAGGGAGAAGUUAAAACAAUUCACUGAUCACUACCCAGAUCUGGUGGAGAGGGGUUCAAAAGAGUGAUUCUAGGAGAGGUUACCAUGACAAAAAGUGCUGCAUAAAUCACCAUAUUCAUGGAAACGUUUCUGCCAUUUCCCGUUCUGGAGCUCUCCGUAGAGCCGUCUCAUGCCAGGCCACAGAGCACAAAAUCCUUGCAAAACACGGGAUACAUAGGAGCCACUUGAAAAAUGCAGAUGACAGCGUACAAUACAUGACCAGUGGAGAAGCUCAAGCUGUUCAUGUAUCACUCCAUUUGCUGCAGGAGUCAGUAGACAAAAAAAAGCGUCUAUAGAUGGUUGGCUGUGUCCUGAAUCACUCAUCUUUCAGCUACAGGAGAGCGUCUUCAGAGAUUCCUCUAAUGGCACCACAAUGUGCUCAAAGUGCCCACUUUGAAUAGUAACCAUGGUAACAUCUGGGCGUCCAUUUCCCACAAACUAGUUAAUGAUGGUUAUUUGUUCCAGUUUGUGAAUAAGUCAGCACUAGAAUGACAUAGAACUACCAGAAAGGGGCAAGAAGACCCUUCAAAAAAAGAAAGAGAACACAGAUUACGACCAAAUCAUGAGGCUGAAGCUGUUUGAGUAAACUGCAGCUGAACAACCAGGUGGCAAGUAGAGGACUGUCGUAAUGACUUAAUGAAUUAGUUCUUGCGAGUGAGCAGUCAAGGCUGUCUUGGUUCCAUUUGCAAGCCCUCGACCAGUUAUGUCACCUAUCUGACUAUUGUCUCCUGUGCCAUGCUUCAUCCACUGAUUAAAGGGCAGUACAGUAUUGUGUAACAGUUCAUCAACUGUUGUGGACUAAUUGAACUAAGCUAAUUAAUCAACUUGCCAUGCAGUCGAAACAAAAUAAUUUAAGAACUUUUACACUCAGCUUGUUUGCAAUCGGAGAAAAUAAACACUGUAUUCAUAGCACUGUAUUCAUCAGACAUAGGAAACUUAGUCCAGUACACUGGUUGUGAUGGCUUUGUGGUAGUGUGGAGAGAAACCAAAGUAGAUUAGAUGAAACAUCCUGGCAACUGGACAACAGUGGACAGAGAAAAUGGUUUUAUGCGAGUUGGGAGCACUUCUCACAGGUGUAUAAGGUGACAGGGUGAGAUAUCUCAAACUGGAGAAAAGUGGACAAUAAGUGACAUGCAUGCACUUGUAUGCUUUUUUUUUUUCUUGUAGCCCUGGACAUACCUCUGGGCUUUUAUUAACUGUUCACCCCGAAUGAAUAAGUCAGUAAAUGCCCAGUGGUAUGUGUAAGGGCUAACUGAAGACACCUGGUGUAGAUUGAUCAGGCACAAGAGUGAUGUCCCUUGAAUAUGUGCUUCGCUACAAAGUUCUGCAAAUUAUUGUACAAUAUGGAUUAUCAAAUUGUAUAUAGAUGUGAAUUGUACAGGGUCACAAAUGUGGUAUAAAUGUAAUAUGUACAUGUAUCUACGUGAACAUUCCAUUCCAAGGGAAUCCUCCUAUUUAUCAUUAUGCAUGGUUAAAAGUGAAUAUCGAAGAAUAGGGCAUACUGCACUGGGAAGACAAUUCAACAUGCCAGUUUUCAAUUAAGAAUAGAAGCAUGUUUUAGCCCGGACAAAGAGAUUAUCUAGCACAUUAGGAGUUCUCACUCAACUGUCCAGAUGAGUACCAAUAAUAAAGAUAUUCACAUUUGGCACUGCCUAUUCUGUUAAUUGUUCAAUACCAUGUUUAAAAAUUGUUCACUUUUAUAUGCAAUGGCAGCCAGUAUCUGGAUAGAAGAAACUGUUUUACUCAGACUUACAUGUAUGUUAAAACUCCCACCUUUGGCAAUCUUUCUGGUGAUGUGAAAUUGGAAGACAUUUGGUACCUGCUAUUGACUUCAUGCAGUAGAAUUCCACCUCAGUGCUAGGUCUGAAGACCACUUUCCAUCCUGUUCAAUGACUGGUGUUAGACCUACAUAUGUCUUGACCCAAAAAUAUGGAAAAGCAAGAAUUUGACUGGAUGAUGGAUGAAUAGAAGAUUGAUAGCUGGGACGCAAUUAAACUUAGGUUGUUUCAUAUGUCCGUUCUCGGAUUACAAGUUUGAGUAGAAACCACGAUAACUACUAGUCUCAUCACAUAUUGACUUUGUUUAGGGUUAUUGCUUGUAUUUUCUGUACAAAGAAAAUUAUCAAUGGGAUUGCUAUAAAAUCAAACAGGAUUAAAAAGGAUUUCAAAACAACUUAAUGCCAAAACUCUUCAGUGUUUUUUUGGAAGAAUCUUCUUGAAGUCAUGUUUUUGUUUCCUUAUUAAUCCAAUCAAAAGUUGCUUUUGACACAUGUAGUCCAUUUCAUGCAAUGCGACUUUGGAUUAAACCACGAGGCUGAAGAGGUUAGGGUUUAGAAUUCAAAUAUUAAACUCGGACAGGUUGUAGUGUGAUUGUGGCUUAAGUGUUCAGUCUUCUACAUGUACACAUAAAUGUGAAACUGGUGUAUCAUGUUUAUAAAAGUGUACCGAGAAGUGUAGAUGUUCAUAAUCAAAUGUGCAGAAAUCAAAUGUGUUAACCAGUAUACAAUACGGACAUAGUGGAUUGAGUCAACACUUUAUCAUGUUACUCCAAAACACUGACCUGAGGUGCUUACAACUAUACAGGACACCAGGGUCGCAGGCCUAGCCUAGCCUAGC